AUGGGGAGCCCGCGGUCUCAAAACCCGGCACAUACGACGCCGCGAGGAAACAAAACAAAAAUAGGCAAAAACAAAAACAAAGGAGGUCGCUUCCCACACCCGCCUUAGAAAAAAUCAAAGGGUAACGUACCAGCACCAGGCACUACGCACCAGGGCAUGGGAAUAACGGAGCAAACAGGACAAAGAGGCGGCAGAUGGGCAGACAGCCAGACGUACAAAAACAAAGGCAACAGCAAAGCGAGAUCACGGUACCCAACACAGCAGCGUAGGCAGGGAGGUCAUGAAAAAAAGAAAAACAGAAACACAGCACAGAGGCCGAAGGCAAUACAAAGCACAUACAUAAAGGAGUAUAGCAUACAGCAGGGAGGGAAACAGGGCGCAACAGCAUCAGCCGGGUACGUAGUUCGCAACAAGUGCUGCCUCGGCCGCCCUACUCGCCUCUACAG